AUGCAGGUAUGGGACGCAGACUCUGGCAACCUUGAUUGCCGGUUGAUGGGCCACAUAGGCGUAGUGUCCAGUGUGGCAGUUUGCCCCACAAACUCUGAGCUGCUUGCCACUGGCGGUGAGGAUCACACGGUGCGACUUUGGGAUCUUCGAGAUAUCGAGCCCAGCUCGCAACUUGCUCGAAUAAGCAGAGAGAAGGUGACUGGUGUCAACCUGGCGCAUUUCACGCUGAAGGGGCACGAAGGCGGAAUUUCUCGGGUCAGAUUCACCGGGGACGGGCAGCUGCUGGCCAGCGUCUCCAAAGACUGCUCGGUGAGGAUUUGGGUACCGUCACUCUUCAAUCCGUUGCUCCUCGCCAAGUUCACAGCACACGAGGCUUGGAUACGAGACGUCGCUUGGUCGCCGGACCAGAAGAGUCUCUUCACUGGUGCCGCUGACGGCAUGGUUUUUGCCUGGGAGGUUCCUUCGAAGUACCAUGCCCAGUUGCAGAAGAACCGGGGAAGCGGCGGCAAAAGGUAUAAAGCAUAA